UCUUUCAUUACUGAGCAGACCGCAGCGAAGAGGGACACAGAGGGAAGCUGUGAAAGCCAACAGAUGUAAACCGGACUGCGGGAGGAGAAAAGCCUGAAGUAGAGACGGAGAGAGAACCAACGACUCUGCGAAUAUGUGGCAACCUGCGUCUGAGCGGCUGCAGCACUUUCAGACAAUGCUGAAGACGAAGCUAAACGUGCUGACGCUGAGGAAGGAGCCGCUGCCCACGGUGAUCUUUCGCGAGCCCGAGGCCAUCGAGCUUUGCUCCGCCACGCCGCACGCAAAGAGCAGGACCCACUCUGGAUACAAGGUGACCUACCUGGGCAAGAUGACAAUCUCUGGGACUCAGUUCCUGUCAGGCUGUACGGAGUCGGCCGUAGUGAGUCUGGUAGAACGUCGCGCCUCUGCCCAGCAGCAGGGCACCCUCGCCUUGGGCAAAUCCAUGCUGGAAAUCCGACCAUUCCAGGUCCGCCUCCACCACCUGGAUGAGUGCAGCGAAGGCUCUAUAACCGUGGACACCUACCAGGUGGCACGCAUCGCCUACUGCACAGCUGACCACAGCGUGAGACCCAACGUCUUUGCCUGGAUCUACCGGGAGAUCAACGACGACCUGUCCUUUCAGAUGGACUGCCACGCCGUGGAGUGUGAGAGCAAGCUGGAGGCCAAGAAGCUGGCGCACUCCAUGAUGGAGGCUUUCCGCAAGACUUUCCAAAGCAUGAGUAGCGAGGGGCGCAUUCACAAGAGCGGCUCUACAGACGACUUUGCGGAGGACUCGUCCACACCUGACGAUUCGACCCCAGAUGAUGGUUGAAGUCUAAGGCAUUCACGUUCCUGAUCUCUGUUCUAACAAAUUGAGGGGGGACUGGGUGAACAGAAUAACUGCUCUUAUUCAUUUCCCCCUGCUGUCUCUUUCUGUUAUGAAACUGUUAAAAAAAGAUAUAUAUACAUAUAUAUAUCCACUGUAUGAACCAACAUGCCCAUGAUGAUGAAGUAGCCUAUAUACUGAGUGAAGGAAAGAUUCAUCAAACAGAUUUGAUAAAGAGAUUUUAGACAUUAAAGUACUGAGUGAUCCUCUGGAGAGUUUGAAGCCCCGCUGUAAUAACCCACAAAUACGGUACUCAUUUCCCUUUCAGCUCAUGUUAUUCUGCUCCUUUCAAAGACUGUCUGGUGCUUUUUUUGAAAAUUUCUAAAACAAAUGUUUAUCCUGUGCCAUACUAACCAUUUCUUCACUUCUUGCCAUGUAGGGACCAAACACAAGUAUGCAGGUUGCCUAUAAGAGGUUCAAGCCCAGAUUCUAGGACUGUUGAUUUUAUUUUUUUAGCCGUUAUAUAAAUCUGUUAAAAUGUGUUAGCAUUUAUAACAGCAAUAUGUUGGGAGCUUUUACUAAGUAUAUCUUAUGUGAUCCCACAAAAUGACUGCUAAGCAUAAAUGAGAAAGUUAAAACUUAUGUCUCCAUAAUUUUUUGGUACUGAAACAUUCAGAGUAUCUGCAGGACUUAAUGAUAAAUGGGUUUAGAAGUUCUCACUGGGCUGGAGCUCGAGCCUCUCUGAGACACUUUAAUCGUCUACGUCUGACGUUUGUUUUAUGUAAACCAAAAUCCAGGCUGAAUUUUGCCUGUCAGAUUAUGUGCCUCACUUUCCCGUUGCAUCACAGAGCGUUUUUGCUUUCAUGUUUUUUUUUUUUUUCAUUGUACGUACAGUGGGUGUAAAUGCUUAUUUCUGUUCUGUACCUAUAUACAUGAAAAUAUAAAGCAUCUGGGUGUGAGAGAGUAGAAAGACCUGAUGAAUAAGGGUAUACUAUAGUGGGAGGGUUAAGAUUUUUCACAGUCAGACAUGGAACUGUGACCAUUUGACAGAGAUCUUAUGUUUUUUCUUUAUUUUAUACAAUAUCAGGCUGAAUGAACCUUAAACUGCAGCCAUCCAAGGGAACACCUUAUGAGUCCUUGCCACUGCCAAAUGUCCAUCAUACUGUGAGCUGAUCACAUAAAGCCCGGUCACUUCAGGUUCAACAAAUGGCCUCCAUGUUAUCAUGACAUCUUUAGGAGGGUGACAGUAGAUGAGAUGACCAUCUCUGCUGCUCUAGAUUUCCACUCCCAGACUGUGGCACUUUCUUCUUUGACGGGAUGGACCAAAUGCCAUCAAGUCACAUGACUUUAAUCAGCACUUGCAGGGCCUUAUAAAAGCAUUAUAAGCCCUUAACAUAUACUUUAUGGUAUAUUAUUGGGAUUUUUUAGACCUUGAUAAGGUAGUGCAUAUUUGUGAGGUCAGAAAAGGUAUUUUUAGUUUCCAAAACAUCUUCAUAUAAGAUGCUGAAAAGUGAAGCUUGUGUUUUUAUCCCCCAGUCAAUACUAUAUAUGACCAUACUAUAGGUGCUGUUUUGAAUGGAGGCAACAUUUUCAGUACUCUCUAAGGAGAGCACUUUCUUACAAAUGUUAAAGUGGACUUCCUAUGGUUGUCUUACAAGAAUUAAGGCUUUCGGACAUUCCAAAAAGUCUAGAUUUGUUGCAUUUGCACCUAAUUUUUUGGUCUAUAGAUCCUCCCAGCUGUUUUUAUUAUAUUUGUGACUUUUUAUCUUUGGAAUAUUAAAAAUAACAGCACUCAGCAAAAUACAGAUAAAUACAAUUUUACAAAUCCCUAGUUAUACUGACAUUAAUUUACACACAUAUUUCUCAAUCAGAGGACUUCUGAAGUCAGUUGCUUGCAGUGGGUUUAAUUUGAUGUUUUAGAGGAAAGGGAGGGGAAACAAAUGCAUGCAGCGCUUUUCAAUUACAUGCAAAGAAAACCUGAAAAUUUUUUUCUUUUUUUUUUAUUCUCACUAACAUUGCACAAAAAUUCCAAUAAAGUAUUUUGAGGUUUAUGUUUCACAAAAUGUGAAAACAAAUAAUCAGACAUAUUAAUACUUUGGGAAGUUAUUAUACCCAUAGACAAACCUUGAUACAAAAAUGCAUACUGUAUGUACACAAUGUAUUUGAAACUUGCUCAGUAAGCUUAUGUAAAUACAAAUGUAUCACUUUCCAAAUAUUACAACAUAAAUGGUGAUAGCUAUUUUAAAUAAAAAAAUGAAUUUUUAUAUGCUGAAAUAGUGUAAUGAAGCUGAACUGUGAAGAAGCGGAGGGGCUGAUUAGGUGGAAGAGUGUGUGUGUUUGAAUUCACUAUGGUGGGAAGUGAGGGGAGUGAUUGUAAAGCUGUAAAGUUUACUGUGCCAUGUCUGCCUUACAGCUCAGACUCGCUUUAAAUGUUAAGGAGGAAAAAAAAUAAGCAUUGUUACCAUAACUGUUUUCUAUAUGGUGUGUGUGCAAAGAUCAAAAACACAGUUGCAUAUAAAGCAUUUACCAAGAU